AUGUCGAUUUCGGUACAAGAGCUGGACAACACAGUCCGAGCUUUGUUUGAAGGCAAAGGUGCCGUGCAAAACCAAGCACAGCAGACUUUGACAGAAUUCAAACAAAAUCCGGAUGCCUGGGUCACCGUGGGCAACAUCCUUCAAGAGGCUUCAUACCUCCAAACCAAAUACAUUGCUCUUCAAGUCUUAGACAAUGUGAUUAUGACCCGGUGGAAGGUCCUACCAAGAGACCAAUGCCAGGGUAUCCGCAAUUUUAUUGUGAGAUUCAUUCUCGAGAACUCCGAAUCCGAAGAGAAAAUCCAAUCGGAGCGCCCCCUGUUAAACAAACUUAACCUCGUGCUCGUCUCCAUUCUGAAGCAAGAAUGGCCGCACAACUGGCCCACAUUCAUCAACGAGAUCAUUUCCUCUUGCCAUGCCAGCCUUUCGAUCUGUGAAAACAACAUGACAAUUCUCCGUCUCUUGUCGGAGGAAGUCUUCGAUUUUUCGCAAGAUCAAAUGACCUCUGCCAAGGCACGGAACUUGAAGACCUCCAUGACAUCGGAAUUUGCCUCAAUCUUCCAAUUGUGCUCUGAGGUUCUCAACACUGCGAACCAGCCCAGCUUGGUGAAAGCGACUCUCGAAACCCUCCUUCGGUUUUUGAACUGGAUCCCGUUGGGCUACAUUUUCGAAACUCCCAUCAUCAACACUCUCCUCACCCGAUUCCUCGGAGAGCCGGAGUUCCGAAAUGUCACUUUAAAGUGUUUGACUGAGAUCGGUGGCUUGCAAAUUGGCUCUCCUUACAAUUACGACGAACGAUUGGUGCACAUGUUCACCGAGACCCUCACCACCGUUUCCAACGUCAUUCCCCUCUCCCUGGACUUGAAGCAGACAUAUGCUAUGAGCAAUGGAAGAGACCAAGAAUUUGUAUCAAACUUGGCCUUGUUCCUCUCUAGCUUUUUCAGUGCUCACCUGGAUCUCAUCGAAAAGUUGCCCAACCAAGAUUACCUCACGCACGCACAUUUCUAUCUGAUUCGGAUCAGCCAGAUCGAUGAUCGAGAGGUGUUCAAGAUUUGCUUGGACUACUGGACAAGGCUGGUACAGGAACUUUAUGAAGAGAUGCAGCAGCUCCCAAUUACGGACAUCAACCCGCUGGUAUCCAUGAGCGUCAGUGGGCUGGCGAACGGUGGCGCGCCUAAUCCUACUACCCUAGCGAACUACCCCUUGCGCAAGCACAAGUACGAGACCGUGUUAACAAACCUUCGUACCGUGAUGAUCGAAAAGAUGGUCCGCCCAGAAGAGGUCUUGGUUGUUGAAAACGACGAGGGUGAAAUUGUGCGUGAGUUCGUUAAGGAGAGCGAUACCAUCCAGCUUUACAAGACGAUACGCGAGUGCUUGGUCUACCUGACCCAUCUUGAUGUGGUCGAUACAGAGACCAUCAUGAUUGAUAAACUUGCCAAACAAGUUGAUGGAACUGAAUGGUCGUGGGUGAACUGUAACACGCUGUGCUGGGCUAUCGGUUCUAUCUCUGGGGCCAUGAACGAGGAAACCGAGAAACGUUUCCUGGUAACCGUAAUCAAGGAUCUCCUUGGUCUCACAGAGCAGAAGCGCGGAAAGGACAACAAAGCCGUGGUGGCGAGUAACAUCAUGUACAUCGUGGGACAAUACCCCCGGUUCUUGAAGGCUCACUGGAAGUUCCUGAAGACGGUCGUCAACAAGCUUUUCGAGUUUAUGCACGAGACACACGAAGGUGUCCAAGACAUGGCUUGCGAUACAUUUAUCAAGAUCGCCAACAAGUGCAGACGGCAUUUCGUGGCACUCCAACCCGGCGAAAGUGAACCUUUUAUCGAAGAAAUUGUCCGAAAUAUGAGGAAGAUCACCAUGGACCUUUCCCCGCAACAGAUUCAUACUUUCUAUGAAGCCUGUGGCUACAUGAUCUCAGCCCAAGGCCAAAAGGGUCUCCAAGACCGCUUGACCGAGAACUUGAUGGCUCUCCCUAAUACCGCCUGGGAUCAGAUUAUCGCCGAGGCAAACCAAAACCCAGCGAUUCUCCAAGAUGCUAACACCAUCAAGAUCGUCGGAAACAUCAUGAAGACUAAUGUCGCGGCUUGCUCCUCGAUUGGCACCUACUUCUAUUCUCAGAUUGGCCGGAUCUAUCAUGACAUGUUGAAUAUGUACCGUGCUGCCAGUCAGCUGAUUAAUGAUGCUGUUGCAAGUGAUGGAGCUAUUGCACCGAAAACCCCCAAGGUCCGAGGACUUCGGACCAUCAAGAAAGAAAUUUUGAAACUCAUCGAUACCUACGUGGACAAAUCAGAUGACCUCGAGAUGGUCAAUGCCAGCAUGGUACCGCCGCUCAUGGAGGCUGUACUCAUUGAUUAUGCCCGCAACGUCCCCGAUGCACGCGAGGCCGAGGUUUUGAAUGCCAUGACCACGAUCAUCCACAAACUUCACAAUUUAAUGGAGGAUAAGAUUCCAGCCAUCAUGGACAGCGUUUUCAAUUGCACUCUUGAGAUGAUCAACAAGGACUUCCACGAAUACCCUGAGCAUCGGGUCGAGUUUUUCAAAUUACUUCAAGCUGUCAAUUUAUACUGCUUCCAGGCACUUCUGAAGCUCGAUGCUGCGCAGUUCAAGUUUGUUAUCGAUUCAUGCAUGUGGGCAUCGAAGCAUGACAACCGCGAGGUCGAGAACACUGGUCUCACAAUGUGCCUGGAGCUGAUGAACAACAUGGCCGAAACUGACCAGCAAACCUCGAGCAUUUUCUUCCGCGAGUUCUACAUUCCAAUUCUUCAGGACGUCUUCUUUGUCCUUACGGAUAGUGAUCAUAAGGCUGGAUUCAAAUCCCAAGCCAUGCUUUUGUCGCGCAUGUUUUACUUCGUGGAAUCUGGCAAGAUCCAGGAGCCUAUCUAUUCCCCGGACCAAGCACCUGCUGGAACUUCAAACAAGGAUUUCUUGCAGGAACACAUUGCAAAUCUGCUCAAGAAUGCAUUCAGUAAUCUUCAAGAGGCACAAAUCAAACAGUUUGUUCUCGGACUGUUUGCAUAUACGGAUGACCUGAACAAGUUCAAGACUCACCUUCGUGAUUUCUUGAUUUCUCUGAAAGAGUUCUCCGAUGAUAACGCGGAGCUGUAUGCGGAAGAACGGGAACAGGCGGUACGCGAUGCACAGGUCGCCGAGCGUGACCGAGCUAUGAAGGUCGGAGGCCUGUUGAAGCCAUCGGAGAUGGAUCAGGAGGAUGAGCUAUGA